UCACGCAACCGAAUUUAGUGUCUCUAUAUGCGUUGCCGACGUACAGUUGUUGCUGCCUCUGAAGAAAGACAAUACAGGACCCAUUUUGUACGUCACGCUGCAGACAUCCUGCAGGGCGAACCGCAGAGAGAGAAACCACAGGUGAACAGCUUGACUUUAAACUGCAAGCACGUUAAAAGGACAGAAGCACCAAGCGACAGUUGAUCAUUCGUUGCUUUUUGGGAAGAUUUCUGACAACGCCGUUAGCUUCCUAUUUUUCAGUCUGUGCUGAAAUAGAUUGUGCCAUGCAGAAAGAAAGAGAGGCUUGCAUCACGUGGAGACGUUUGAGUAUAGAUGAAGUGAAAUAACCACAAAGCAUCAUCAGGGGUGGCGCAAGGGUCGUUCGUAAAGCAACAUGCAUGUGUCCAGGGCGGAUCCCUGUCCAGUUAACGGGACGGCAGCCAUUCCAAGGAGGCACAGCAAGAGGAACAUGUCUCUCCUGGAGCACCUGCGAGGCUGUCAGAGAGCCUGGUGCCCUGUGGCGCCCUGGGAUAGAGCGCAGGCCCACUCUGCCCUCUGUGGGAUGCCUGCUGGGAGUUUCAUGGUCGUGCGGGAUGGUUUGACAUCUCUGCCCAGUUUGCUGUGUGUUUCUGCAGAAGGAGAGGAUGAAGCGGUUCUUGAUUAUGACAUCACAUGCACAGGCACAGUCUUCCAGCUGUCUGAGUCGCGUGUUUCUUUCUCGGAGUUGGCUCACUUGGUGUUCUUCUACUCUUUGAGCAGGGACGUGUUGGCUGUCCGUCUAAAGUUUCCUCGCUGGAUCUACAAUGUAACUGGGAUCGCCAAAGAUCGUCUUUCUCAGCUCCAACCCAAAACCUGGCUCAGCGCACCGCCUGACCAGAUGACGGAUGCCGACGUGAACGAGUUGGAGCCAAACACCAUGAUGUGCUCCAUACAGUUAACCUCAGCCAACGGAGCUCUGUGUGUCAUCAACCCACUGUAUCUUCUUGAGCAUGGAGAUGAUUGGCUGACGCAUCAGGCAACCAGCGUGCAGUGCCCAACACAGACGCCAACUUACAGGCGAGAGAGGCGCCUCAGUUCCACUCGAAACUGGGCUGGUUCCGGUCUGAAGAGCAGCCGAGCCGUCUCUCUGGACCAAGAAGCCUUUGUUGGCACUGACGGCUCAGGUCUGAUCAGACGCAAGUCUGAAGUAUCCCAGCCAACUUCGGCGGUGUCAUCCCCUCAAGGAGGCGUUGUCCUCAGGAGGUCCAGCCGAGGUUCCACUUCCAGCCUCUCCAACAAAGGGAGCACGGGGAGCUUGCCUGCUUCUAGCACUGAGCUGCAGAACCGUGACAGUGCCGGGUCUCAGUCCCCUCACAGGGUCUCCUGGAUCGAGGAUGGCUUCUGGCUGCCACCGCCCACCAGGCCUUCUUCGUUACUAACGCCACCGUACCCUGAGCUGGACUCGCUGUCCGUCAGCAGCAUAGAAGAAGAACAGGAACAUCAGUCGCCGAGCCCCACGUCCCAUCACCCGUCAGCCCACCGGCUGGCUGACAAAGUCAUAAAUCGCCUCUCCGCAGUGGGCCAGGCGCUCGGCAGCCUGGUUUGUCAGAAGAAGAGGCUGACCAAUCGCGUCGUGGAGCUGAGCGACAGGAAACGGGGACCUUUCGCAAUGGCCGUGAAAGAAUUUGUGGAGGCAACGCUGGAGAGAGGAACCGAUCCGGGCAACAUCACGGGGUCAGAGUUCUUACAGGAAGUGAGGUCAUCGCUUACAUUACUGAGGGAGACUCUCCUGGAUUACCCUGAUAUCCAGGCGCUGUUGGACAGUAUGACCGACCUCAGUGACUCAGAGAUAGACCACCUGGUCGAGCUGUCCGUGCACAAGGUGGCCUUAAAGCCUGUGUCGGCUCACCUCUACUCCUGCAUCCACAUCUGGCGGUCCAACGACGGUAGUUUGCAGCGUCUGGAUCACAACCAGCGUGUUCUGGAAGACCACGGCGUGGAGGCGCUGGGGGGAGCGCCGGGCGUCGGAGUUCCGGACUUAGUCACCCUUGAGCGGAUCCAGCAAAAAUGGGCAAGUAUGCACAAGGCUUACUCCCCCAACAAGAAAGUCCAUAUCUUGCUCAAAGUCUGCAAGAGCAUCUACCACAGCAUGAGCGCCAAUGCCAAUUCAGAUGUGGUAUUGGGAGCUGACGACUUCCUGCCCUGCCUGACGUGGGUGCUGCUGCGCAGUGACCUGCUCAACUUGCAGAUUGACACAGAUUACAUGAUGGAACUGCUGGACCCCGCACAGCUUCAGGGAGAAGGUGGCUACUACCUGACAACCUUGUACGCCGCUCUCUACUACGUCAGCAGCUUCCGGUCGCGCUUGGCUGCCCGUCAACUCAGCGUGGAAGCCCAGCACUCUCUCAGCCAAUGGCAUCGCAGGCGCACCGUGCACAGCAACCAAUCCCGGCACAGUGCGCGCAGACGGACCGUCCGCAGACAGACGAGUCCUGAGAAGGCCGUGCAGGCGGAGGACGGCGACACCGGGGAAGUGGGGAAUAGUGUGAUGGAUGAUCCACAGCAGCAGACAGAAAUGAACACGGAUGAGACGCUGGACUCUAAUGACAACAGGACACAAGAUUAAAUGUGUCUUUACAUAAACUUACUCUCGCAUUCCUCCAGAAAGCCAAAUUAUGGUAAAUAUUCAAAUUGAUAUCCUGGGAAUAUGACUAACUUUGUUCAGAUGAAAGAACAUACAGUAUAUUACUGCUUACAUGUCAUUGGGGACUUUGUGUUAUAUUCAUAAAAAUGCAUAGAUUAUUAUUAUAGCAUAAAUAGAUUUAUAUUUUUAUUAAGUUGACACCUGAAUUACAGCCAAGUUGACAGGAAAUAAAUAACCAUAAGAAUAAUGAAACACAAAAUAUUGAGAAGGGCUUCACUGUGGCAGAGGGGUUAGUGCGUCUGCCUCACAAUACGAAGGUCCUGCAGUCCUGGGUUCAAAUCCAGGCUCGGGAUCUUUCUGUGUGGAGUUUGCAUGUUCUCCCCGUGAAUGCGUGGGUUCCCUCCGGGUACUCCGGCUUCCUCCCACCUCCAAAGACCUGCACCUGCGGAUAGGUUGAUUGGCAACACUAAAUUGGCCCUAGUGUGUGAAUGUGAGUGUGAAUGUUGUCUGUCUAUCUGUGUUGGCCCUGCGAUGAGGUGGCGACUUGUCCAGGGUGUACCCCGCCUUCCGCUCGAUUGUAGCUGAGAUAGGCGCCAGCGCCCCCCGCGACCCCAAAAGGGAAUAAGCGGUAGAAAAUGGAUGGACGGAUGGAAAAUAUUGAGCAACGUCUGUGGUGCUUAUUUGCCAACAGAGGGCGGUAGUGUGUGUUUUGAAACAGAGUCGUGUACAAAGAGAGAAUGGCCAACUAAGCAACAGGCGCCGUGACUGCUACCAAGAACAUGUGCAGCUGUGCACGGAUGCAUGCAAUUACUGUCAUUUUGAUGUUAGCUUUUCUGACCAAAUAAACCAAAAAUAAUAUGUCUAAAUAUAGUCCUGAACAUACUCCAGCUCAUACACUUUCAAUAACACCUGAUUUGAUUUUGUCAAAUUAUAAUUUUGCGGCCGUAUUCGACACACUCUGCUGCUAAGUUCCUGCGACUAGCGGCACUCUAACACACACUCGGCGGGGCUACAAAUGUUAAAAAAAAAAAUGAAUAAACAGAAUGACCAAAAAACAACUUGCUCCUCUCAUUUUGCCAAAAUUUUCUUUAGCUUUAGAGCAGGGGUGUCAAACGUAAGUCAGGUUUUAUCCGGCCUGCGGGAUAAGUUUGCUUUGUAUAAAAAUGGGCCAAAAUUUUUGAAUGAAAGAAACUGCUUUUCUAAAUGUGUCCACUAGAUGACGCAAUUGCAAUUAUUUGUAUCUUUGUAGAUCAGGGGUAGGGAACCUAUGGCUCUAGAGCCAGAUGUGGCUCUUUUGAUGACUGCAUCUGGCUCUCAGAUAAAUCUUAGCUGGCAUUGCUUAACACGAUAAGUAAUGAAUAAUUCCGCUGGUAGUCAUAGUGUCAAAAAUAACGUUCAAAAUAUAAAACAUUCUCAUGCAUUUUAAUCCAUCCAUCUGGUUUCCACCGCACCUGUUCAAGAAGUCACAUUAAUGGUAAGAAGUAUUUUAUGUAUUGUUGGUUCGCUUCAGAAUAACAGUGUUAUUAAAAAGAAUGAGAGACUUACCGUAUUAUACUGGUUUUACUUAAAAAUGCACGCAUUUAGUUGUGUUCAGUCUUAAAAAAAAAUAUUAUAUGGCUCUCACGGAAAUACUUUUUAAAAUAUUUGGCUUGUAUGGCUCUCUCAGCCAAAAAGGUUCCCGACCCCUGUUGUAGAUGAUGCUACAUGUGUAAAAAAAAAUUCUAACCACAUGAUGUUAGUGCACCAGUUAAGGAAAAUGAGCAAACUACAUAAAUAACAUCCGGUAAUUUGAUUUUUGUAUUUUUUUUUUAUCUUGAUUGAUUGAAAAUUUUGUGAUGAAACAUUAUCACAUAAUUUAUUCAGAAAAUAUACAAAACGACAAAUAAAGGUAGAAUACUAUUAAACGCAACAUGUAAGUGUAAAAAAAAACACAUUAUGAUUGGUACAUUUUCAGAAUGUGCUUGUUCUAUUUUUUUAACAAAGAAAACAAUCUGAAGUUAUCUUUAUUUUUAAGUUAUCCUGGCGUGAUUUUACCAGUCUGGCCCCCUAGGGAGUAUAUUUUUCUCCAUGCGGCCCCCGAUAUAAAAUUAGUUUGACACCCCUGGUUUAGACCAACAAUCGCGAGAAAUACUGCUUUCUGUGUGAACAUAUGUCAACGGUGGUGUCUGCCACCAAUGUAUUGUAAUCACUGUAUGUAUCACUUAUUAUGUAUUAUUCUAACUGAUCUUUCUUUCUUUGUAUCAUGCUAAGUUAAUAAGUGUACAUUUCCUACCUAUUUCCCCAUAUUUCUGCACAAUAACUCAGAAUAUAAAGAUUAUGGCGUGAUUUAUGGUCCAGAACAUA